UAUCACGUUGCUGGUAGGCUGAUACACAUAUCCUGAUGCUGAUAAGCGACCCUGGUGUUACAAGGGACUCCCAACUACCUGGACGGUCACUGUGUGGAGUUAUUGCGACUUGUACACAACCUGGUUUACCUUGUUCCACGGGAGAGAUUUGCGAUGUACAGGAGUCUGUACAUGUGAUACGUGUGAUGGGUGAAGUGUGAGAAAAAGUGGCCCCGGAUUACCGGAGCUGCAAGGGUAGAUUGAUACGCAAGAGGAGAGUGUUUUCAUGUGAUAUUCGUCAACAGCUAGUAUACAGCCAUGUAUCGGAUAUAUCUACUCCUGUUUCUGUUACUCGGCGGCCGCUCACACCAGGCAGUAUCAGGUUCUUUAGUCCUGACAAGUUCCCCCAUGACAGUGACAGACGGGGAACUGUUCACCCUGAUCUGCAGCAGUAACACAACUACGGGACAAGCCAGACAGUGGAACAGAGAUGGUACAUUAGUCUUCUACACAACACAAGGUUCCACCAGUCCCAGUGGAGGCAACCCUGACGUCUUCAACAGAUAUCUGUCAGGUCGUGUCAAUGUGAGCUGUGAUGCCACACAACACAAUGUGACUCUCAGGAUCAACUCAGCCGUAGACAAUGGAUCCAGGUGGCAGUGUGUGGAUACUGUCCACACUCAGACGAGCAAUACGAUGGCGAUAUAUGUUACAGUGCCCCAAUCAACAGUAACCGCAACAACUCAUUCGGCUUCAGUCACAACACCGACAGCCACAGAUAUAACCGGAUCAACAGAUGUUAAUGUGUCAGAGACGCCUACUUCCCCAAUGUCGAAACAUCCUGCUACAAUAUCAACCACCAACAACAACAACACCAAAGGAAACCCAACAACAACGCCUGGCUACACUGCUGGUGAGUCAGCAGCUGGUGAGUCCAACACCAUUGCCAUCGCCGCUGGAGCAGCUGGAGGAGGUGUUGCUGUCAUCGCUGUUGUCAUCGUCGCAGCUAUUUGUAUCAGAAAAAGACGUCGCUCUCUUGAAGAAGAUGUCAGGGAUAAAAGUCGACGGGAUAGAAACCCUUCCAGAAGUGCUGAGAUGCUGAUUGAAAGUGGAGUAACUGAAUGGGACGAAAAAGUCAUGAUGGACAACAUAAUAUACACCAGUUCGUCUGACGUAGUGCCGGCUGAAUACAGUAUACAUAAUCACGAUCAAGCCGAUAAAGUCAUGCAGGACAAUAUUUUGUACACCGGUUCAUCGGAUAUAGAACCAGCUGAUAACAGUAUUGAGGAUCAGAAUCAUGUUGGGAAAGAUGUCUACACCCAGGUGAAGAAGGUGAAGACGAAUGCAGACCAACAUGAAGUUACUGAUGUGUACGCAAAACCGCACAAAGGACGGCAGGAAACACCAAAUGGAGAUGUGUAUGCCAAAGUGAAUAAGGUGAAGAGCAGAGAAGGAACAAGUGAGAAUAUUGAAGAUAUGUACGCCAAACCACAGAAAGGCAAACGGAAUCUCAGGAGCAAAACAGAUGCUGAAUGAUGUUCCAUGAAAUAAGUCUUCUGAGACAUGCUUAAUGAAUAUCGGUGCUCGUGCUCCACGCUAUUGUCAGGAUGCCCUCAACAACCCAGUGAACGAUUUCACGCUGUCACAAUGUUCUGCUUUCGUUGUUACAACGUUAUUCUGUAUACUCCAAUUUACGUUGCCACAACGCUGUGGUCUGACGUUGUGAUAAAGUGUAUUGAGGUAUUGGAUGCUAGUUUAUUUGACGUUGUCCAUUAAAACGUUCUGCAUGACGUUAAUGGUUCAAUAGCUUUCCCAGUAGCGAACAGUACAUAAGAAACAAAGCAGAAAUUCACUUCAAUGUUUAUUCGUCAAUUUGGAAGUUGUUUUCUGAAGCUCAAAUUGAAACGUUUUACAGAAACUCCAUGGCACCACAUUAUAAGAAACGUUAUUAUAACGUUGUGAGGAGACCAAAGUAUAAUGUUUCCUCAAGGUAAAUUUGCAACGAUGUUAUUACGCUGUGACAUAACUUUAUAAAACGACGUAAUACUAACGUGGUAGUGACAACGUUGUGUCAUGAUCUUACCAAUCUACAACCUUCCCACAACGUUGUGAAAAUGUAUUGUGUUACCUACCAGAAUUCUUUAUUCACAUUAUUCAAAGUAAAAAAUACAUGCAAAAUGA